GCGCAUCGGUGCUUGAUAUCGUUGCGCGGGCUCGCCCUUGAACCGCAAUCAUGCCUCCCAAGAAGAAGGAACAGCAGAAAAUGUCCCUCGGGGAAUUUAUGAAUGAUUCAGGUUUUGGUGGAGGCUCUUGGGCUGAUGAGGUCGAGGAGACCUAUGUUGUUACUGGUACUCAACAGCUUCCGACUCGAGAUAGCGCUCGCUCUGGUGGUGGCAUGUCUUCGUGGCAGGAUCGUGGCUACUCUGUCCGCGAAUCCGUUCCCUCCAAGAUUCCCGACAGGCCACCCUAUACCGCUCACUUGGGCAACUUGUCGUAUGACGCAACCAGCGAGUCUGUGUCUGGCUUUUUCGAGGGCUGUGACGUUGUCAGCGUUCGUAUCAUCGAAGACCGAGAGCUACAGCGGCCCAAGGGCUUUGGAUAUGUUGAGUUUGGCAAUGUCGAGGGCCUCAAGAAGGCCUUGGACCUCGAUGGAGAGUCCUUUGAGGGCCGUAUGAUCAAGAUCAAGGUUGCUGAUCCUCCUCGCGGUGGCGAUGGCCGAGAUGGCCGAGGUGAAUCCACCCGGGACCUGAGCGAUUGGACUCGCCGAGGCCCUCUGCCCGAUCUUGGCCCAUCAAGGGGCCCCCGAUCCGACUUUGGCGAACGACGCCCUCGUGAUCCCGCCUCCGAAGGCCGCGCACCCCGUGAGAUGACCUGGGAGCGACGAGGACCUCUGUCUCCCACUGCUCCCCAGGAGUCUGGAUCCCGUGAGAGCAGCCGUGCGCGUGGACCCCAGGAGGGUCUGGGCGAGCGCAGCGAAUCAUACCGUGGAAACCGCCGCGACCCUGCAACCUGGGGAGAGGGCAAUGGCCGUCCUCCUCGCCAGUACAACGAGCGCCCUGAGCGCCCUGAGCGCGCCGAGCGCACUGCUACUGCCGCUGAAAAGGACUUCCAGUGGCGCAGCAACAUGCGUCCGGAUGCUGCCAACGCACCCGCGGCCGAAACUCCGGCCUCCCCUGGAGCCGCCGCCCCAGCUCAGCCUGCCGGCCGCCCCCGCCUGAACCUCCAGAAGCGCACCGUUUCAGAGGCUGCUGACGGCUCUGCCUCUGCGGCCGCGGACUCCAAGGCCAGCCCCUUUGGUGCUGCUCGCCCCAUCGACACUGCGGCGAGGGAAAAGGAGAUUGAGGAGAAGAGACUGCAAACUAUCCAGGAGAAGCGAGAGGCGGAUGAGAAGGCCAAGGAUGAGAAGCGUCUGGCUAAGGAAGCCGCCGCCGCCGCCGCCGCCGCCGCCAAGGCUGAGGCUGAAGCUGAGGCUGAGGCCAAAGAGGCCGCCGAGACUGCUGAGGCCGCUGAGGCCGCUGAGGCCAAGCCUGAAGCAAAAGCUGAACCCGAGACAGAGACCAAGACAGAGGGAGAGGCAAAGGUAGAGGGAGAAGCGGCAAAUGAUGCGGCAGGAGAGAAAGUCCCCAUCCGAACCCGGGAGCAGCCCAAGGAGGCUCCCAAGGAGGCGCCCAAAUCAAGAGCCACUGAGUCUGGCAACUGGAGAUCUGAGCCACGAACACCCCGUGGACCUCCCAACCGUGGCGAUCGAGGCGAUCGAGCUGACCGUGGUGAUCGAGCUGACCGUAGCGGCCGCGGAGGCCCGCCCCGAGGACCUCGCAACGAGAACCGCGCACCUCGAUCCAACGGCCAGCAGGCUGCUGCACCUGUAGCAGAGGGCGAUGCCCCUGCCCCUGCCCCUGCCCCUGCCCCGACUGCUGAUGAGGACGGCUGGACUACCGUUGCGGUCGGCAAAAAGGGACGCACCGGUCGAGUGUAAAAAAACAAAAGCGAUUGUAAAAUUUGAUCCCCAUUUCCUUUCAGUUUCCAUGACUAGAGAUGCCGUCGCAAGGUUUACGCCAGCAGAUCCAGUCCUGACAUCCUGUGCACUUGUCUCUGCCUUUUUUCCCCCUUACGCUUUAUUGUUUUGCGGAGAAGGCUCAUGCAGCCUUUAUUCUCGGCUAUCUCCAGGCUGAAAACUGCUUGGAUAUGGCUCAUGAUUUCCGGCAAAGCCAGAUGAUGCCGCCUCGACUAAAGAUGGCUUCCCAGGUAUCAAUUGGUGGAGCCCAUUACUGCGUUACUUGCCCUGCCCGUGGUUGCUGAAUGAGCUUGAUAGAGGCUUAUCUGCUACUUGGCAAGCGAGUUUAAUGAAACAUUGCAGCUGCCCGGUAUAUAUCGGCCGUAAUGACUUUUUUUUUUACUACAGUUUGGAGGAGAAAGGGACAGGAGACAGAUGAAAUACGAUACAAUUUUCACGACAUUCAAGAUAUGCGGGGCAGACUAGAUUGAAAAAGAGGGAGAGGUGAUUUUCUGCAAUCAGCUUUCGAUUGAUGACGAUGACGGGCUCACGCUUUACGCAAUGUGUGGAUCGGAGGAAGAGUGGGGGACUAAUGAGUUCAUCUACGGACAGACAUUUGGGAGGGAGCAUCAAAAAGGGGAACAAUCUGCACAAAGUGUCUAUUUCUUCGUCAUUUCUUCGACUCCUUUUCGUUUCUUCGCUUGAUAUUGAUCUUUUACAUUAUUUUUUUUCUUGGUUGCUUGACAAAGGGUGGGCUGCGACGAGAGACGGGAACAAAAAAAAAAAAAACAGAAGCUUGGAAUUUGGACAGGCUCAUGCGGGUAGACAGAAAUGGCGGGCAUGGAAAACAACAAAAAAGGGGAGCCUGGGGGGAGGCUGGCAAACAAAAAAGAGAACAGGCAGCCAAGUUUGCAGUUCGCUUUGAAGCGAGUCUUUUUUUUUUUUUUUUUUUUUCUGAUAGAGGUGCGAGGCAAAUUGAGAAAAAAUGAAU